AUGCCUAAACAGGAUCUUCCACUUGCAGCACUUGUUUUAGUUGGUGGUUUUGGAACACGUCUCAGACCGCUUACUUUCACAUGUUCUAAGCCAUUAGUUGAGUUUUGCAACAAACACAUGUGCGAAUUCAUGCUUGACGCGUUAGUUGCAGCAAACUGCAAGAAGAUCAUUCUUGCUCUUUCCGAACUCCAAGAUGAUCUUAAGAGAUUCAUCGAAAGUUACCAACAAGCUCACCCAGGAAUUGAAGUUAUCCCAUCCAUCGAAAUUGAACCAUUAGGAACUGCAGGACCAAUCGCUCUUGCUAGAAAGCACUUGAAAGGACAUAGAUUCUUCAUGUUAAACUCAGAUAUUAUGUCUAUUUAUCCAUUCACAGAUUUAUUAAAGUACCACAUGAAUCACGAUGGCGAAGCUACAAUCAUGAGCAUCAAUGUUGAAGAUGGAUCACGUUACGGUGUCAUUGAUUCAGACGCAGAAGGAGUUGUCACCGGAUUCCGCGAAAAACCAACAGAAAACAACAAGAACGUUGCUAUUAAUGCUGGCCAUUACAUAUUAGAGCCAUCCGUAGUCGAUUUGAUCCCUGAAAAGUUCUGCUCAAUUGAACGCGAAAUUUUCCCAGAAAUCGCCUCAAGAAAGCAACUCCACGUCAUGAAACUUCAAGGACAUUGGAUGGAUAUCGGUACUCCACAGGCUUUCCUUGAAGCAAUUCCUUUAGCAAAAGAAACUCUCAAAAUACAGUCAUUCAUCGACGAAACAUCUACAAUCGCCGAAGGAGUACACAUUGGCGACGACGUUGUUAUUGGCCCACACGUUACAAUCGGAAAAGGCUCAAAACUCGACAGAUGCGUAAUUCUUGAGGGAACAGUGAUCGGCGAGAACACAACAAUACAGAACUCCAUCAUCGGAUGGCGCAACAAGAUCGGAAACAACGUUUCUGUUACAGAGACGACAGUUACUGGUCGAGGAUGCACAAUUAAGGAUGAAACUAAGGUUAGUAGUAUGAUAGUUUGCCCAUACAUAACUGUUGAUAAGAACAGUAAGCCUAAAUCAGUUAUGAUCUAA